AUGAAAAAACACUUUAUACGCCACAUCCCUCCAUCUCAGGAGGAGGACGCACUAUUGCGGCAGUUGGUGGAAAGAGGCGGAGCCAAGGGGUGGACGGCCAUAGCAGCGCACUUGAAUGGGCGCGCGGGGAAGCAGUGCCGGGAGCGGUGGCACAACCAUCUAAAGCGGGGCAUCAAGAAGGAGGCGUGGACAGAGGAGGAGGAGCGAGCAUUCGUGGAAGCACACAAGCGGCUGGGGAACAGAUGGGCUGAAAUUGCGAGAUUAUUACCGGGAAGAACAGACAACAGUGUUAAGAACCACUGGAACUCAACAGCCCGGCGGAAGGAGGAGAUGGGGCGAGGCGGGGCAGAGGGCAAGGGGAACGGAAGGCCGGGCAGUGCUGGGAGUGUCGGUAGUGCUGGGAGUGGUGGGGGGGCGGAGCGAGAGCGGAGCGGGGGUGAGCAGAGGGGAGAGCGGAGCGGGGGUGAGCAGAGGGGAGAGCGGAGCGGGGGUGAGCAGAGGGGAGAGCGGAGUGGGGGAGGUGGGGAGCAGAGAGAGGGAGAGCGGGAGCAGAGGGAAGGAGCAGCAGAGCAGAGGGGGAAGGAGCGAGAGCAAAAAGGGAGAAAGGGAGAGGGGUAA